CUGUAUAUCCCCAGAAGUGCCACCUGUCAGUAUCCAUCAGUGCCAGCUGUCAGUGCUCAUCCAUGCCACCUGCCAGUGUCCAUCAGUGCCACAUUUCAGUGCCUACUAUCAGUGCCACCUAUCAGUGCUGCCAAUCAGUGCCACCUACCAGUGCCAGUCAGUGCUGCCUAUCAGUGCCAGUCAGUGCUGCCUAUCAGUGUGCAUCAGUGCCGCCUAUCAGUGCCUGUCAGUGCUGCCUAUCAGUGCCUCCUAACAGUGCCAGUCAGUUCCUCCUAACAGUGCCAGUUAGUGCCGACUAUCAGUGCCACCUAUCAGUGCCGCCUAUCAGUGCCAUAUAUGAGUGC